AUGACAUCUAUAUUAUUCGAACCUGCAGAAUCCCUGGCUGACGACUUUGCCCAGCAAACUGUUUUCCAUAAUGAAACACAGGCACUCAAUCCUACCCAUCAUCAUCACCAUCACCACAAUCAUGGAUCAACACAAUUGCUACUAAAUUCUACUCCGACAACCACUACUACUAAUAACACCGCCCAAUCAAACUACAACUCUGAAUCCGACUCAGACAACUCGGACGACGACGAUGAUGAUGAUGAUGAUAACACCAAUCCAAUUUCUUCUUCUAAACUUAAAACUGAGUUUCUAGCUCUUCCACCUAGCCAUAGACCAAGCUAUAAUAUCCUGUUUCUGGGAUUCACUAUCUACGUCACGAGCUUUUUCGCAAUCGUACCUUCAAUAAUGGACGCCAUGGUCUACAUGAUCUGCCGCCACGAUUUCUCCUCCAACCAAGGCUCACCAUUAUCUCCAGAUACGUUGUCUUCAUCAUUGUCAUCAUUGCCAUCAUUGUCGUCAUUAUCUUCUUCCUCCCCCUCCUCCUCCUCUUCCCAUUUUAACGACCCACGCUGCUUUGCACCGGAAAUCAGCGCUGCUGUUGGUCUUUUCCAAUCCUAUCAGACCAUGAUCAGUGCUAUUUUCGGUACAAUCACAAUCCCCAUGCUCUCCUCACUCUCAGACCGUGUAGGCCGUAAACCUCUCAUCCUUUGGACAGUCUCUUGCUCCCUUAUCAGCCUUGUCAUCACUAUUGCUUGCUCUUCUCUUCAAAUAUCUUACAAGUAUAUUUUGCUUGGUGCAGCCAUUGAAGGACUUGGAGGAAGUACUACCAUGAUUUCUAUUCUUGCUUCGUCUUACAUCUCCGAUUGUGUCAAGGAAAAACAUCGAGCACCAAUUUUGUCAAUCAGUGAAGCCAUGUUCUACGGAUCAAUGGCUCUGGGCCCAUUUCUCGGAAGUUUGUUUCUAUCGUUUUUUAACCACAAAAUCCCCCUGUUGUUUGGGGUAUCUGUUUUAGCACAAUUUUUUUUCCUGGUUCUUGUUUAUUUUGCACUUCCAGAGUCUCGCAGUGCUCGUGCACGCCGCAAUUCAGUCACUCAUUUUAAUAAUGCACGUCGCCGUAAAAGCAUGGCCUCAGUUGGAUCCACUAAUAACUUGAUUCCUUCUUCUACUUCUUCUUUUUUUUCUUCUUCUUCUUCUUAUUCUUCACCCCUGUGGGAUGCCGUGCUGGCUCUUAGAGACUCACUUGUUCUACCACUUAAAGCAUUUGGGCUUCCUCAUAUUCCGCGCUCGCAGCCGCGCACACGGCUGAACGUUUACAUAUUGCUGGCCACCUCUUCCAUGUUACUUGAAGUUAUAAUGUGCAUUAUGCCCAUUCUCUUUCUUUAUGUCAAAACAGUCUUUUCAUGGACUUCUGUAGAAACAGGUUACUUUGUAUCCAUCAUUGGCAUUUCGAAAUUCUUUGGUCUAGCUGUUUUGUUUCCUCCUUUAUUACGAUACCUCCGCAAACAUUAUGAUCACUCAGCAACCCGUGUCGACCGUGCAGAUAAGUUGCUUCUACGCUGUGGUAUUUUCAUUCUUGCUACGUUAUACUUAUUGCUUGCCGAAGCACCUUCUGGUCAUAUAUUUCUUGCGCUAAGUUUUGGGUUUGUAUUUGCCGGUAUUAAUUCACCAGUAUUGAGGAAUGCUUUAAUCAAACAUGCGGAGCGUGGACGUGUUGGUGAACUUUUGGGACUUUCACAAUUUAUUUCGCGUGCCGUAUCGGUAGUUUUACCACUUGCUCUUGCUGGUGUUUAUAAUGCUAGUGUAGGAGUAAGACCUCAGUUGGCACUGGAAGUAUCAGCUGCAGUUGUUCUUAUUAUUUUUGUUGUUAUUAAUUUUAUGAGUGUUGAUAAGGAAGGGGAUGAAGAUGGAGUAUAA